AUGAGUACCGCCGAAGACAUGAAUGUCAUUCGAUACAGUGUUGGCGGCUAUUAUGGACACCAUUACGACUCGUUUCAUAUGAUACCCGGCGGGCCGGUCACUGGUCCGCAACGGAUCGCCACUUGGAUCAGUUACUUGAGCGACGUGGACGCGGGUGGAGCCACUGUUUUCCCCUAUGUCAAUGUCGCCGUUUGGCCACAACGGGGUUCGGCGCUGUUUUGGUACAACGAGUACAGAUGGGGUGCAAUCGACCCGUUGACAAUGCAUGGUGGGUGUCCUGUACUGGUGGGCGCCAAAUGGAUUGCCACCAAAUGGAUUCGGCCCAUCGGCCAGGAGUUUCACCAUCCCUGUCCUCUCCAUAACACUACUAUCGCUUAUAGCUAUGAAUUUAGGAAAAACUAUUUAAAAUAA